AUGGCUGAACCGCCUCAGUCCUCAGAUUCCAAGUCGCAAGCGACGACGGCCUCGCAACCAGAAUCCUCAAGUCAAAAGCCUCCCGAAGCAGCCAUAGAUGAGGAUUCAGAUCCAGAUUUUGACGACCUCGACGAUGUUCUCGAUCAAUUCUCCGCCGCUACCUCUCAGCAACAGUCAAAAUCCCUCUCCUCAGAACCUGCCCCUUCAUCCUCAGGUCCAGGCAGACCGUCGACCGAGAAAUCAGCCCUCCCACCGGAUUUACACAUCCCCUCUGGUCCUCAUGCCUCGGAAUCAGAUGAUGAAUUCAUGGCCCGGCUGACCGCUGAAAUGUCCGACGUCAUGUCCAAGAUGUCGCUCGAUCCAGCCGCCAGCGCUGCAACACCUGAGGAUCUUUCAAAGAUGGGACGCGAACUCGAGGAAUUCACGCAGAAAAUGGAGGCCGAGGGCAUCAAACCCGAGGACCUCCUGAAGGCCAUCUUGGGGGAAGAUGUCGGCGGGAAAGUCGGGGAUAUGGCACACGCGGAAGCGACGAGGAGGGACAGUGAGUCCAAGGCCAAGUCGAAAUCACGGAGCCCGGAAGCGCCAGGAGGGACAGCUAUACCCCCGUCAGAAUCAGCAUCGACAGGGUCAGCGACCGCGGCGAAACAGGGGUCGAGCUCAUUCGAGGACACGAUUCGGAAGACCAUGGCGCGCAUGGAGUCGUCCUCGGCGGCGGCGACGUCAGCGACGGCCAAGUCAUCCCAGCAAAAAUCAGAGGAGGACAUGCUGGCUGAGAUGCUGCGGGCGCUGGAGACCGAGUCCGGGUCGCAGUCGGACAGCGAACUGUCCAAGAUGUUCCUGGGCAUGAUGGAGCAGCUGACCAACAAGGACAUGCUGUACGAGCCCAUGAAGGAGCUGUCGGAGAAGUUCCCCGACUACCUGCAGACGAACCAGCCGCCGAAACUCGCGCAGGCCGAGCACGAGCGCUUCACACGCCAGCACGUCAUCGUGCGCACCAUCGUCGCCAAGUUCGAGGAACCGGGCUACAGCGACGACGACCCCAAGUGCCGCGAGUUCAUCUGGGAGAAGAUGCAGGAGAUGCAGAGCGAGGGCGCACCCCCGGACGACCUCGUUGCCAAUCCCCUACCGGGUAUGGGCGGAUUGUUGGGAGGUGACGGAGGCGAGGGUCCGGAAGAAGGAUGUCCAACUCAGUAG